AAAAUGCCAAUAACAAUGUACGCAUUGAUAAAAUGGGUCGGAGGACAUAAUGAUGGCCAACACAGCGUUGGCAUCGAUACUUCACGGAUAAAAGAUUUUGAUUACGACAAAUUUAAAGAUGAUGCCGAGAAUCUUGAUAAAGUUUUUGUCAUUGAGUGGCAUGAGACGAGAAAUGAACCGCUUGGUGGAUGGCCAUGCUUUAAUGGUAUAAUUGUAGCAGUAUCAGAUUCCAUUCGAGUUUUGAAUAAGAAACUAGAUAUUUUUAGUGGAAUCAAAUCGCCAUUAAAAAUUAUUUCUCAUGACAAUGGUAACGUUAGAACUGAUGAAAAGCGUUCAGAAAAUCAGGAUUACCAAGCAAAUAAUGGAUCUGUGGCCAAAAAAAUUUGUUUUGACAACUCUUCUGUAGAGAUUAUUGAUGGCAAGGAAGAAGUUGAGAUAAUAAAUGAUGCUGAGAAAAAGCUUCAGGAACCUGAGAUAAUUAUUGAUGCUGAAAAAAAAAAAAAAGAAAAAGAACCGAUAGAAACUGUUGAACUUGAUAAUGAUGGUGUUCCUGGAGCCUUAUUACAAACUUUUGUGACAAAAUCAGAUUUAAAACAAAUUAUGUCAGAGAUUUUAUCAAAGCAGUCAGGAUUUCAAGGUCACUCGAGUCAAGAUACUGGAUCACAAUGUAACAAUAAUGAAAUAAAAAAAUCGAAUUCUCAUGACGUUGGCAAUCAAGAUGAUGAAACUGAUGAUCGACAAGAACUUGGAACUAAGGGAAGUGGAGUUUUUAUUACCUUGGAACAGUGGAAUGCUGUCAAAAAGAAAGCUACUUACACAUCAAUGGCAUUAGGACUAUUGGUGGCUGUAUUUGAUUCAAAUACUUUACUUAAAAGUAAUUAUAAAGGAGGGAAAAGUAAAAUUAAAAGCGAAGAAAAUGUUCAGUACACUGCAUUGGAUUCUAAAAAAAUAGAUGCAAUUAAAGAAACUGUGAGGCGCAAAUUUAAAAAUACCUUCGAUGAAGUAAAAUUUGGAACUGCAAUAAACAACAAAUUGGCUGGGAUGAGAAGAGAAGCUCGGAAGCAUAAUGUAAUUUAACAAUCAAUAAUUAAUUAUUAUGAGUAGUACGUGAGCAUUUUUGUAUAUUAAUAGGUCUAAAUUUUACUUAAUUUAUUUUGGAGAAAAAACAUGAUAAAGACAAAGAGAAUGAUGCUUCAGGGACAUCUCAAUAAUUUUGAACUAUAAUCAAUGAAGCACGGCACACUUUAAGCACAUUGAUAUUUUUUUUUACUUUAUAUUGAUAGAUAUUAACAUUUAUG